AUGCGCCUCCCAUUCCACUGCUCCACCCCCCUGCCUCCCUUCCACCUUCAUCCGCUCCUCCCCGCGCCCGCCCUGACGCACCUCCCUUCCCCGCCGUCGUGUCCACCCGUCGCGCCGCCCUCACCUCCCCACGCCGCCUGCCCCCCCACUCGCCCCUCCCCCCUCCCCCAACGCGCCUCCCCUUGCACGCAUCCCCUCACUCGCUCGCCCCUCUGCCCGUCCGUCUGUGCCGCCCCUCAUCAGCGGGCGGCCUCAGCCAGCACCCACACACAGCCCUCACUGCGCGUGCCAUCUCCCCGCGUGCCCGCUCCUCCCUGCCAUUCAACCUGCGCUCAAUCUUCUUCCUUGCGCCUUUCCUUUCCCUCCCCGCAACAACCCACCCCGUUCCCCCCCUUCCCUGCCCUGCCCUCCCUUCCCCUCCUCACAGCUCCACGCGCGUCCGCUUCCCCCUGCGCGUGUUGCUGCUGCGCCGCCACGCAGCUGCCCCCCCUGCCGCACCCACACUCGCGCGCCCCGUGCUUGCCAGGCGCAUGGCGGCCAGCAGCCCUGCCCGCAGUGCUCCCCCUUGCAGCCACGCGCCCAAGGCAACCCCGCACUGUGCGGGCGGCAGCGGACGGCGACAUGGGCGGCAUGGCAGCCAUUGUGGGCGGCGCUGUGGCGGUGGUUGGGGCGGCAGCGGUGCUGGUGGGGCUGCAGCGAGGAGGGGAGUCGGAGAGAGCAGGGGAGGGCGAGGGCGCUGCUGCUGCUAAGGUUAAGGUGCCAUGCGCGGCGUGCAGGGGCAGCGGCAUCUGCAGCGCGUGCCAGGGCGAGGGCUUCGUGCCCAAAGCUGCCAGCGCGGGGCAGCCCUCCCGCGGACUGGCCUCCAACCCCCCCUCCGCCCAACGCUCCUCCGCCAGGCUGGCGAACAAGUGGCGGUACUGUGUGGCAUGCAAUGGCGCUCGUGUGUGUGCCACGUGUGAGGGGCGCCGCACCGUGGACGCAUGA